AUGUCACAGAAUCGUCCGGGGUUGUUCCCGACUUUGCGCAUGGGUGGUAAGUCUAAUACUAAUACGCAGUUGUCCAAUUGCGACCUCGUUGAUGACCUCCCCACUGAUCUUUCAUCUACAGAGGUGGUACGCGAAAAGGUCCAAGAUGGAAGAACUGGUGAAUCUCGAGAGAUCUCCUACACACAGUGCAAGAUCGUUGGCAAUGGCUCGUUCGGCGUUGUUUUCCAGACUAAGAUGGCCCCCAGCGGUGAAGAUGCUGCCAUCAAGCGAGUCCUCCAGGACAAGCGAUUCAAGAAUCGUGAACUCCAGAUAAUGCGCAUUGUGCGCCAUCCCAACAUCGUCGAGCUGAAGGCCUUCUACUACUCCAACGGUGACCGGAAAGACGAAGUGUACCUCAACCUUAUCCUUGAGUUCGUCCCCGAAACCGUGUAUCGCGCCUCUCGCUUCUUCAACAAGCUCAAGACUACUAUGCCGAUGUUGGAGGUUAAGCUUUACAUUUACCAGCUGUUCCGAUCGCUGGCCUACAUUCAUUCACAGGGAAUCUGCCAUCGUGACAUUAAGCCACAGAAUCUCCUCUUGGACCCCAGUUCCGGCAUCCUUAAGCUGUGCGAUUUCGGAUCUGCCAAGAUUUUGAUUGAAAAUGAACCUAAUGUGUCUUACAUCUGUUCUCGUUACUACCGUGCACCUGAGUUGAUCUUCGGUGCCACCAACUACACUACCAAGAUCGAUGUGUGGUCUACCGGUUGUGUUAUGGCAGAAUUGAUGCUGGGACAGCCCCUCUUCCCCGGUGAAUCGGGAAUCGACCAGCUCGUCGAGAUUAUCAAGGUUCUUGGUACCCCAACCCGCGAGCAGAUUCGCACUAUGAACCCCAACUACAUGGAACAUAAGUUCCCUCAGAUCAAGCCGCACCCCUUCAACAAGGUAUUCCGCAAGGCCCCACCGGAGGCUAUCGAUCUCAUAUCGGCACUCCUGGAGUACACCCCCACCCAACGAUUGACCGCGGUUGAGGCGAUGUGCCACCCAUUCUUCGACGAGUUGAGGGACCCGGCUACCCGUUUCCCUGAUUCGCGCCAUCACAAUAGCCCUUCUAAGGACUUGCCUACCCUUUUCGACUUCUCACGACAUGAACUUUCGAUUGCUCCUCACUUUAACCACAAGCUUGUUCCCCCUCAUGCUCGUCCAGCUCUCGAAGCGCAAGGCAUCGAUAUUGAUAACUUCGAGCCCAUUUCCAAGGAGGAGAUGAUGGCUCAACUUGAUUGA